CUAGCUCAGCUGAGGAGACGCCCGCAAUCCAACCGCAGGCCGACACGACACACCACCAGCCUCUGAGCAAACCACAUCAUGAGUGAGCAUUCCCAUCGCACCACGCGAGCCCGUCGUCACCCCGUGUGAGCUGCUUACACGGGAUGACGAUGGGCGCAUUGGCAGCUGGACCAGCUGCUGCAGGUCCAGGUCCGCCGUCAGCCGCCGCCGCUGCAGGUGCCGCCCGGUCCCUCUCGCCCUCCUCCAUCUCGACCCCCCACACCUCCACUAAUUUGGGCGACAGUAGGGGGUUGCCGCCACGCUCCGUCUGGCGCUGCACGUUGAAGCCCAUCAGGUACUGACGACACACACAACACACGCAGCGGUUCGUGAGAGAGUGAGGGAGGUCUGUGUGUGUGUGUGUGUGAAUGUGGGAUGCACCUCUCCCGCCGCUGCCUCGGAAGGCGCCGCCUGGUUGGCCGUGGGCUUGACGGCCCGGUCGCCGGCCUCAUAGAGGUCCAGGGAGCGGACGUCGGGGGGCGUCCCACGAGGCUGGCCUUGACGCCACCCCUGACACACACACACUCUUCUCUCCCCUUUCUGAGUGUGUGUGUGUGUGUGUGUGGUUGCAUUGCACUCCUGACGUGGCAGCUGAACUUGAGCCUUGGGAUGUUGAACCCCUUGGUCUUGUGGAUCGUGAUGUUGACUGUCUCCUCGUGGGUCCGCAUCAGGACCCACUGGUCGACGCCCAUCCCCAGGCUGUCGGCUGUGAAGUGGAACCCCGCAUUCGGGCCGCCGACGUUGACGCCACCCUGCCGCGUGAAGUGCUCCCGCAAGCCAAACUCACGGCGGAUCAGGACGCCCUGGAGCGAUGGGGAGUCGCUGGGCCGCCAGAGGAGCAGCCGGGCAGAGUGGGGGGCGGGGAGGGGGGGGCUGACUGUGAUGGCUGGGGCGUUGGGGUCGACGGUGGUCUGGCCUGCAUACGGAUGGAUGGAUGGAUGUGUGUGUGUGUGUGUGUCUGUCGCGUGUGUGUUGGGGAGGGGGCGUCUUACUGGCAGAGGUGGCUUUGGAGGCUUUGUCUCCGUCUCUGAUCCUGCGGUAGGACGCACCACCACGGAAGGCGCUCAGCAGGUUGCCGACGCUCUCACGGUGCCACGCGCGCCUGAGCCCACCACACCAACACGGCAAUGUGGCUACCUGUUGGUGUGUGGCGUGUGAAGGGUUUUCUCACUUACUUGUAGAGGCAUCUCAUUUCCCGAAUAGUGCACUUGGUCGAGUCCUCGAUGGUCGUGACCUGCAGACAGACAGACAGUCCACAACACAUACAUACCAACAAAUGCCGAUUUCCUCCCUCUGUGUGGUGUGGUGUGGUGUGGUGUGGUGUCCUCCUCCUCUCUGUGUUUCUUACCACUUGCGUGAAGAGGUCUCGUUUGCCCAGCAUGCCGUGGUGCUCGCCUCUGGUCAUGUGGAAGGGCGCCACCUUCUGAACCCGCGACGUUAUGCUGUACAUGUCCAGACACAUCUGCACCUGCACACAUACAUUCCGACACGCAGAUAGACAGGCAUCUCACAGGCAGGUGUAGGGGUGUGUGUGUGUGUGUGUGCUAAGUGGAUCCUCACCUCUCGCUUGACGGCUUCGGCAGAUGAUGGCAGAAAGAGCGUGGCAGUGGGGUCGUAUCUAUUGCGGCGGCAGAAGUCCAGCACGUACGAGAACACGUGCGGCGCCACGUUGUCGAUGUACCUCAACGCAUACCUAACACACACACCACCACACCACCACGACGCUCAAAGCAUCGCUUCCGCCUCCCCGUCUCCCCAUGGCAAGUAUGCUCACUUGUCGAACCGAUUGUAGAUUGCCGACUCCUCCCCACAGGCGAUCAGGGUGGAGAGGCACGUGGCGAAGGGCCGGCCCACGACCACCAGCUUCAGCACCUCGUCCUCCCUCUCGCCCUCGCGCAAAGCCACCUUCUGCUGGAAGUACGGCUCCAUCGCCUUCAGGGCGGCCUUCCACCGCUUCUUGAGCUCCGUCGCCUCCGCGAUGGCCACGUCCAGCUGCGUCAGGCGGCUCUCUACAGUGCUCCUGAUCUCCUGCACGCACCCACCACACACAAGCAAGGAAAGAGAGAGGUGUGAAGUGGUGUUUCGUGUGGUGUGGUUUAGGCGGCCACCUGUAGCUGUGCGAAGGCGUUGCUGAUGGCGUCAUUGAGGUUGGUGGGGUGCGGCUGGUUGGCUGGCUGCUGCAGGUCGCUGGUCUGCACGGCCUUGCUCUCCUUACGAACAAAGGUAUCCAACGAAACUGACUCAGGGACAGACACAAAGACAAAGCCACUGACCUGUGUGUUUUCUCUCCCUCCCUCCCUCCCUGCACCCCUGCCUCCCUCUGUCUGUCCGGAUGUCUGCCUCUGACUGUGUACCAGAGCGCUGAAACAUUUCGUAGUAGAAGCGAUGUCGCGCAUCGGACGGCUCCACGGUGGUGGCGUUGCACCCCAGAAUCAUGAGGUCAUUGAGGAAGCUGCCGAACGCCUCAGGGUCGACAUCCAGGAAGAUGCGGCCCUCAGAAUCGCGCUGACAGAAGAUACGUAGCGACACAACAAGACACAACGGACACGAGAGAGAGAGAGAGAGAGAGAGAAUGGGGCAAUGAUGCAAACGUCCAUUUGUGUGAUUGGUGUGUAUGUGCAGACCUUCAGUCUGUGCUCCCAGUGACCAGCUGAAGGCGCACACACGACGGACGGGCAGACACACACAUGAGGCCUCCUGUCUGUCCUUUGCGCCUGCCUGCUUGUGCCCGUUAGCUUACAGAAGAGCUCGGCAAAGAGGGUGCCCUUCUGCUUGGUCAAGAUGGCCCUCGUAAUCCCCUCCUCCAUCAGCAGCCCGCCCACGUUGAGCAGCACCCUCUCACUCACGAUAGUGGGCUCGCGAUAGUCGUUCUCAGUCUUGAUGCGAUGCAGCUCCUCAGUCAGCUUCUUCAGCCCCGCUUCUUUCUCGUUGACGGCCUCGGCCGCCCCGUUGAUGCUUUCGUUGAGAGUGGUACGCAGCGCGUCGACCUCGGGCAUGACUGACGGCGUCCGACCGGCUGCUGCUUCCGCUGCUGCGCCUUGAGGCUCGUCUUCGAUGCGGCGCUUCUUGCUCGUGUCUGCGGAUGCUGCCGAGUAGUCAGGCGCCGAGCGCUUGGCCCUCACUGCGUCCUCCUCGUCCAU